CAUUCGGUGCCCCGUGGACUGGAGCAGCCCCUGUAGAAGGUUGCCGUCCCUCUUCAUAGUCGACGGCGGCAGACAGAGAGAGAAAAACAUUCUGUAACCAGAAUUCCCAACCUGAUAUAAUGGGUGGAUCUAUUUCAAGCUUGGAUGAGAACAAAUGUAAUUAUAUCAGAGAUUUCCAAACUAUGGCUAAAUUUCAGUACAGGGCAGGAACGAAGUGUCUCAGCACGGAGCGUUCUUCCAGUGCUAUUUAAAUUUCUGCCUUCCCCCUCGAGGUGGAGGCGAUGGUCUGGUCGCGGGGGCUGUUUGUCCGAAGACCCAGGGAAGGCCGAAGCAGAGCUGAAAAACUUUUGUCCUCAUUACCAGCGGCAAUACUCUGUGGCUGCCUUCAAUCAUAUCAGAUGUGAGGUACAGCAAGACCAAGAAGCACAACCCCAACUGCUACAGCAUAAGGAUCCAAAGAGAACUGAGAAAGUGGUAUAUCAACAGGAAGUGAUACAAUAUAUAGAUGAGUUCAAGAAAUGGAAGGAACGAUAUGUUGUCAUAAAGAAUGACAAUAGCAUGGAGUGCUAUGAAAACAAAGAGGUCUAUCAGAAGGGAGGAGAGCCAAAAUGUAAACAACUUCCAACUGGUUACAGAGUGCUUACAUCAAUGAUUGAAUAUGCCUUAUUGGUGGACAAGUAUUUCCCUGAUCCAAGUGCAGCCAGUGGGAAGGAUGGUAAUCAGAGCUUUCUUGUUAACCACACCCAAUACUCAGUGUACCUGUGGCACCCAUACCGAAAGCAUAGUUACUUCUGUUUUGAGAAUGAAGAGACUCAGCGGGAGUUUUGGGCUGUCCUCAAUGAUUGUAUCCGGCACCUGAAUUAUGAAUUUGCAGAACAGAGUUCGUUUGAAGUCCAAGCUUUCUCAGAAGCCAUUCAAUUCUUCAGGCAGGAGAAAGGUCACUAUGGAUCCUGGGAAAUGAAUCACGGCAAUGAAGCAUUGAUUUUAAGCAACUUGGUGAUGGAAGAACUGUUACCUUCCCUGCAGAGUGACAUCUUGCCAAAGAUGAAAGGCAAGAAGAAUGAAAAGCGAAAGGCCUGGUUCAAUAUUGUGGAAGAAGCUUACAAUUUAGUACAAAACCAGCUUGUGGAUGGAUUGCAGUCUCUACAAGAUGAGUGCAGAAAAUCUGUGAAGGACCUGGAGGGGAUAAUUCGUUCAGAUAUGGAUCAGAUCAUUACUUCAAAGGAAUUUGCUGCCCGGAAACUUAAAGCUAUAGUGGCGGAAGAAGCUGAGAAGUGCUGCCUUGAGAAUAUUCAGCCCUACCUGGCUUCUAUAUUGGAUGAAUUAAUGGGACUGAUCAGUUCAGGAUUCACCGAAGUCCGUUCUCUCUUUGAAACCAAAGUUGAUGAAUUAAGUGCAAAAUGUCAGGAAGCUGGUGACACUGAAAAACUGAAAGAGUAUUUGAAUCAACUGAUGAACCUUCCUUUCGACGCUGUGAGGAUGCAGCCCUGUUAUAAUAAAGUUAGCCCUCUUCAAGACCAGCUUCAGGAGUUAAAGAACCGGUUCAAGUUCACCAAUACACAAUGGCUUAUUCAAACAACUCAGAACAUCAUGCAAGAACUAAUGGACAAUGCGGUCUACACAUUUGAACAACUAUUGUCUGACUUGAUGAAGGGUAAUCCACCAAAAGUAACAUCAGUUGAAAAAAUUAAGCAACGAGUGUUGAAGCAAUUUGAUCAUGACAGCAGCACUGUAAGAAAGAAGUUGUUCCAAGAAGCCCUGGUCCAAAUUGCAUUGCCAACACUACAGAAAGCAUUGGCACCAAAUUACAAGCGUAAGCUCCAGAAGUUUGAGGAAUACAUCUUUGCAGAUUAUACAAAGCUUAUUCAGGUGGAGAAUAUCUAUGAAGAAAUCUUACUUGAGACUGUUCUCAAGGAGGUGGUCAAAGUGGUGAAUGAAGCUGCCAUCUUGAAGAAACACAAUCUGUUUGAAGACAACAUGACUUAUACUAGUGACAGCGAUAGCAAUCUCACUGACAAAAAUGAAGGGAAGACUCCACCAGAUUCUCAAUCAAGGAGCCCUGCUAAAACAUCAUCCGAAGGGUCAGAUGCUGAGGGAUUAGAAACGGAAGAAAAAAUUACUUUACAAAUGUCUAGCCCUGCAACAGAAUCUUCAUUGAAUGAGAAGCAGGAAUGUGAACCGUCAUCAGCCUCUCAGGAUAACAUUCUUCAUACGACAUUAGAUUCUAAACAGAGUGGAGAAGUGAUUAUGCAAGUAGAUGCCAAUCAGGAACCUGACAAACUAAUUACUUUAGAUAAUCAGAACAAUAAUGAUAAUGUACCAACAAGUGAAUGCCAGAACAGACAAGCUGAAACACAAGAAGAAAGGAUACCUGCCCCAGCUCCUGAUAGUUUAAAAGAAAUACAUGAUCUGUUAACAGUGGCAGUUGUGCCAGUUGAAGAAGGUCCUGAGACUCAGAAAGCUAUUUCGUCUAAUGACGAAAUUCAUAGUCAAGUUGACAAGGAACCUAGUCCAAAACUGGACGAACAUUUAAAGGAUAUAGAUGAAAUGAAAGAGGUUGAUGUGUCUGCAGUUGAACUUGUGGAUGGUCAAAGUGAGGAAAAUAAGGAACCUAAAGUAGAAAACAUACUGGCAUCAGUUGAAGAACUUGUGCAAAGCCACAGUGAGAAAGCUAAUGAACUCAAAGCCUUGCAAUCAACAGUUGAGGAACUUGGGGAAGAACAAAGUGAGGAAGAUGAUGAAUCUAAAGGCUCACAGUCAACCAUUGAGGAGCUUUUAGAAGACCAUGGUGAGGAAGAUAGGGAACCCAAAGGCUCACCACCCACAGUUGAGGAGCUUUUGGAAGAGCAUGGUGAGGAAGAUAAGGAACCCAAAAACUCACCAUCCAUGGUUGAGGAGCUUGAACACAAAACCUCACCAUCAACAACUGAAGAAAGUAUGAAAAAUCAGAGUGAGGAAGAGGAGUCAAAAGAAGACUUAACAGCAACUGUUAAUAAUGUGGCAGAUGAAGAUAAGAAAGCUGCAGAACCACUAAAGCAAAAUGAAUGUCCAGCAAAAGAACCUUGUGUUGACAGCAUUGAGUCUAAUCAUGUUUCUGAAAGUACUCCAAUGUUGCACAAGGAAGGAGUUCAAGAAGUGCAAACUGUAGAUACAACAGACACUGAAAUAGCACUUGACUAUUCUGAAAAGGACAAGGAACAAAAUAUGUUGAGCCUGGAUGAAGCUAACGAGGGUGAGAAAAAUUCACAAAUGUAGAUCAUCAUUGAUGUAAAAAGAAAAGGGAAGCAAUUGGUGGGAAGUGAUCCAUCAUUGCAGUAAGCAAAUCGGUUGAAUCACCAAACAUUGAAGGAAGCAUCUUGACGAUCGAACUCCAUUAAAACAAUUUGAAGAACACAAAAAACCCCAGUUCUACUUUUACCUGAGGCCUUUGCAAAGAGAUUUUAUCACAUUUUAUGUUUUCUAGAUUACACUGGGCUGUACUUCCUAUUCUUGUGCUAUUCUUUUGAAGUGACAAGAGAAAAAGUCUGUUCUUGAUUUUCUUUUUUAUCUUUUUCACCAAGUAAGGCUUCAAGUGGGUUCACAAAGAUUUGGAAUGAAUGGACUGGAAAAAAAAUAAACCAUAGCUUACACUCAAGUGCGCCAAACAAUAAUUGAAGAGUUUGCUAUUACAAAAAAUUGUGAAAAAGAAUAGAACAGUUUGUAUCACAGAAGAGGUGGCUAUUAUCACAAAUCAACACAACUACAGGAGGUUCAAAGCCAGCAACUUUCUUUGUAAUAUUAACAAUAAUCUUCAAAAUAGAUUAUAUGUUCAAGUCUGCAUUCAAGUUUUGGACAAUAUCCACAAAAAGAUAGACAUUGUAAUCCGAUAUAAUUUAGUUUUUUGCUGCAGCUGUUCAUUUUAAUGUAUAAAGGAAUUACUAAAAUUACGUCUGAUUUUCACAUGCUGACAAUUCUUGGAAUGCUGUACAAUUAUUUGCAUUACUCUGUUUAUAACAAAUAAUUUAGGCUUCAGUUCAGUAUGGCUUUAGCCAUGAAUUAAACCUGUAAUGUAAUCAUUUAGUAGAAUGCUGAGUUUAGAUUUAUGCCGAUGCCAAGACUUCAUGCCUGUAUGAUCACUUUCUUAUUUGCUGUUUAAAAUAAGUGCAGCAAUAGAUCUUGCUAUUAUUUGCUGAUUAAUGGAAUGAAUGUCAAUGUUUGUGUGGCUCCACAUUUUCUAACAUUCCAGCAGCUUAAAGUGAUACUAGCUUCUAUUGUUUUUUGCACUUCAGGGUUUGGCAAUCGCUCUUAUCCUGCUCUAAAGUAUAGUGUAAAUCGAGCAACCAUGAUAUUUCAAAUGCAGCAUUCACAUUGAGUUAAGCAGAACUAAUAACAUAAAGUUGGAUGAUUUCAAUGCAGCCGAAAAUGUACCUGCUCAGCAGUCAUUUCUUUCAAACUUCAAUAUCAGUGGCCACUGCUGAAGUUUGAAAGAGUAAUUCAGGGUUGUAGUUGUCAAUUUCCAAACAAAAACUCAUCAGCUACAUAACUAAAAAUGUAGAGCCAGUCAUUGCAAUAAGGGAAAUAGAUUGAACAUUUCCAUUAUCUUUCAAAUUGAGGGAUAGGACAGUUCUACGCUAGGACCUGGGUUUGUCCUAUGUGAGCAAUUCAAACCCCUCUUUUCAGAAAGAUAUAGAAUGAAUAUCACUGGUUUUGUUCUGGACGAUAGGAGGGAAAAUGGGCCUUUGUCUCAGAAAUAGUCACUUUCUGAAGCUUGAGAUGCAUUGUAGAGGUACGCUAGUUGAUGGCCUCACAGCACUUGAGCUGUAUAUUACAGAAAAUCCAAAAGAGGGAAGAAACAAAUACUUAGCAAGUGGAAUUUUAAAAAAGCAUAGAAUCACACUAUUAUGUCCAGGGAUGAUGAUUAAAAAAUACACAGCACUAAAUAAUUAGAGAUUAUGUAACUGCGAAUAUCACAUUAUUUUAAUUGUUGUAAUAACCUAACUUAUCACAAUUUUAAACAAAAAUCUAUUGAUUUGCAAUGGUACUGUACACCUAUCAGUGUGUCUGUUUCCUUAUUCCAUAGUAAAAGAUCUUGCAAUAAAAUAUUGACUUUAAUUAAUAACUAGAAUGGAGUGUCAAUUGACUAUGGUUAUAGGAUAUUACAACAGUAUUAUCCAAAUUUGAUCAGUGGAAUAGAAGAGUUUCAUUUUCAGUUAAUAGCAACACAUUUUAUAAAAAUGCACCAAUAGUCAAUAAGUGUGCAGACAUAAUGAGGCUAAUAGCUUAAAUUAUCCAAUCCUACCCUAACUUGCAUUCAAUUAUGUAUCAAACAUAGAUCUUGCUUCUUUUAUCGAGAAUUAGAAAAUCCAUAAGAGUUCUAAUUGAAGGCGAUAAUAAGUAAACCUGACCAGAUGCCCCACAGUUGAUGUGGCAUUUUUAGCAAUAAAUGGAUCCAGUGUUCUUUGUUUAAUGAUAUGUUAAAUAUAAUCAACUAACAAUACUUUCUAAAAUAUUUAGUCAAUUUUAAUUACUUUACAAACAACUACAUACAUUGAGACAGUAGUUUUAAACAUGAUAUUACCAAAGAGCACAGUGAUGUUUGGUGGUCACUUGGUUCAGUCACAUCUUUGAGUUAGCUCUACGUAACUGAGCAUUCUUGUUUUUAUUCUUGGGUCUUCUGCUUCUAACUGUUUCAAAAAAAAACACUUUACAUUUUUUUAUAAUUCAUUUACUUGCUCACCAAAUACUCGGAAUGGACAAAGUCUGCAAUUGCUUUACCAAACAUAACUUUUUUUUCGGUCUGUGCUAAGUCACUUCAUUUCAAUUGGGGUGACCAGUUAGGAACAGGGAAUUAAAGGGAGAAAGAAAAUCUCAAGAUAGUAUUCCUGUUCUGGAAAGUGAAUAUGUAGAUACAGCUAAUCGUCGGAUCAGGUUUUGCUGUGCAUCUUCAGUGGUACUUUGGACUGCUGACAUGGCUCUGACUUUUCUCUUAUAGGAUAGGUUUGAUGCCAGAGGAGAAUUGUGGUGGUCCUUCCACCCACUGCUGAGUCCUGACCUUCUACACGGUUCUUCCUUUGUUGAUGCCAAAGGAGCAGGAGGAGAUAUCUUAAAGGAAAGAGCAGAAGGCCUUUUUUCAUUAAUUAAAUUCUUUCCAUGAGCCUAUGUAGCAAGGAAGGGGAAGCUAAAUGGCUUUAAUUGAAGUUCAGGAGCUCUAAGUGGGUCUUUCUCCUCCAAUAUUCAGCUGCGUGAAAUUGUUAUUGCACCAGAGGACCUACCAGAGUUUCAUCCCUUGUGUGUUCCUGCAGUCAGCAGUAGCAGGGCCCAUAAAAAGAUCAGAGAUAAUGGGAACUGCAGAUGCUAGAGAAUCCGAGAUAACAAAGUGUGAAGCUGGAUGAACACAGCAGACCA